GCCAUCGUUGCUGUGUUAAUAUUGUAAUCAGAUACGGGAAUAUGUUCAUCCGUUUACUGAUGCUACUGUUGGGCGUAGCUACUGCGGAGGGAUAGCAUACAAAAUGUGGGCAACUGGGCCUCCUGAAGUCUUCUUACUUGUCCAUCCGUGCACGAGCAAACUGCACAGUUCAUUCCUAAAGGCCUAACUGAUCAUCUAUACAGAUGACGAACACCAGAGUCAUGGUAGUGGGCGCUGGCAUCGCUGGUCCCAUUCUUGCAAUCUUCUUGAAGACUAGAGGCUAUGACCCCAUCAUGUACGAAAGACUCCCGAGUCCAGGAGAGGGUGGACUCAGCUUCGUGCUGCAACCCAACGGUCUCCGUGUCCUAUCACUCAUCCCCGGCCUCGUUGAACAAAUCCCCGGCUAUUCUGCAGAUAGGAUGGUUCACUGUUCCUCCCUGGACGGAAAGGAGGACAUUCUCGCUGAGAUUGAUAUUUCGCCAGAUGCAGCGCGAGAACAAUUUGGCUUCCCCUUCAUCGGAGUCCGGCGUGCAGAGUUUCAACGGUUUUUGAUCGACACGGCUGAGAAGCACGGUGUCGAGAUCAAAUGGGGUCACCAGGCAAUCGAAUAUGAGCAAAGCGAGGACGCAGUAGAAGUCACAUUCGCGAAUGGCGUCAAGGACACAGCAAGCUUUGUCGUGGGCUGCGAUGGGUUGCAUAGCAAUACUCGAAUUGCACUCUUUGGGAAAGAGAAGGCGAACUUCACUGGAUUGGUACAGUUCGGUGGACUAUCUCCAACACCACCUGCUUUCUCGGGAAAGUUUGUGUUUGUGAAUAAUUACGGGAAUGGUCGCCAUAUGGUUUCGUACCCUAUUGCGGAGGACAAGUAUUCAUGGGCGAUCACUACUCGACAAGCUGAGGCAAAGGAGGAUUGGAAAACACAACACGUGGAACAACAGGACGAAAUCCGAAGAGGACCCCUCUCUGAUUGGGGGUUCGGUGCCGGAGAUUUGGUAAGGACCGGCCAAGGUAUCAUAAAGUAUGGUCUCUACGACCGACCUGAGCUCAAGUCGUGGUUCAAGGGAAGAAUCGUUCUUUUGGGUGAUGCAGCUCACCCCACGAGUCCGCAUCUGGGACAAGGUGCCAAUCAAGCGUUUGAAGACAUUUACCAUUUAAUGCGGCUUUUGAAAAAAUACAACCCUUCUACUGGCCAGCCUUCGACAGAGUUGUUGUCGCAAGUCUUCAUAGAUUAUCAGGAUCUUCGGCUACCGCGUACAUCCGAGCUAGUGAGGGGGGCUAGACAGCAAGGGGAGGUUCGGGUUAUUGAAGGGAUUGAAGCAUGUAGGGUGAGAAAUGAAAAGAUACGGAUAGGGUUCCAUGAUGAAGCGGCGAGGAAGGCAAUGAGUGAAUUGUUAACUGGACCGUUUAAGGACAGUGAAGUGUAGUAGCCUUGUACUAGUACAGAAUUCGAACGGGACUUGCCGCAUAACGCCCCGAUUCGUGUCAGGAGCAGUAACAACAA